AUCCACAACCACCAUUUUGACGCCUGCAUGCGCACUUAGCACCAGGUGUCAAAUAGCACCUCCCUUAAUCAUCCCCCACAUUAUCCUCUCUCUCUCUCUCUCUCUCUCUCUCUCUCUCUCCUGCAUCAAAUCAAACCCCAGUUGGUUACCCCACCAUCAACACCCAAUACUACACAGGUGUAUAAUCUAUCUUGAUUUCUGUAAUCAAGAGUGAGAAGAUAGGAGAGAGAAACUAAGAGAGAGAACAGAAAGUCUUUAAUUGUUUGUUGUCUCGCCAUGCAAUUGGAGCCAUGAAUAGCACCACCCCCAAAUCAACGCCCCUCGUAACCAAAUGCUUCCUCCUCUCUCUCCUCCUCUCUCUCACCAUCUUCCUCUCCUUCUCCAUCCUAUCCCACCAAAACCAAAAUCCAAACGCCACAAACCCACUCCCCCACAAACAACCCCCUUCCUCCUCCUCCGACCUCCGGAUCCGACCCGGCUACACCUCCUACGAAUCCUACAUCCAGCGCCAGCUCAACAAGACCCUCAAUCCCAAGCUCCGAAAGGUAUGGACCACCCGGGACUGGACCCGGAAAAUCAACGUCUUCGCCACCUUCUACGCCGACCUCAAACACGAAAACCUCAUCUCCGCCAACUCCAAGGCCCUCUGCAUCGGUGCCCGGGUCGGGCAGGAGGUGGAGGCGUUAAAACGGGUCGGAGUCUCCGACUCGAUCGGGAUCGACCUGGUCCCGUACCCGCCCCUCGUUAUCCGGGGCGACUUCCAUCACCAACCGUUCGACAACGACACGUUCGACUUCGAAUUCUCGAACGUGUUCGACCACGCGCUGUACCCGGAGAAGUUCGUUGGCGAGAUCGAACGGACGUUGAAGCCCGGCGGGAUCUGCGUGUUGCACGUGGCGCUGUCUAGACGGGCCGAUAAGUACUCCGCGAAUGACUUGUAUAGUGUUGGGCCGUUGAAGGCGUUGUUUCGACGGUCGGAGUUGGUUCGGGUUCGGACCGUUGAUGGGUUCGGGUUGGAUACCGAAGUGGUGUUUCGGAAAAAGAAAGCGGUACUAUAGAGUCCUCCUGAUUGGAGCACUUUUUUAAGUAAUUCAUUCUUUUGGUUAAUUUUAUGACCUUUGUUACAAAUCAAUAUUCUUUGUACGUUUGUAGAGUUUUCUUCUUGUUUAUUUGGCCCAUUCUUACCCUAUAUAUGAUGUUGUCACAUCUUCGAUAUAUUGAUGUUCAGUUUGGUAGCGGAUUUAAAUUUUUUUAAAAGAGUCUCUUAAUGGAGGAUUGAUCUGUGGCUAA